UCAACACGGACAGUGUACAGUGAAGUGUAUAACUACCAAGAGUAUAUAUAAUCGAGUUAUUUAAAAUGGGUGCAAUAAAGAACUAUUUUAAACAGCAGUUCCAAUCUAGUAUGUGGACGUUAAAAUAUGAAUCAUCAUCUGAUUUCUACUUAAGCUGCUUCCAAAGAGGUGCUUCGCCCUUACCUUUACUGUUCAUAAGAGGGUUCCUAUUCUUAGGCGGGUUAAGCAUUAUCCUAGCAUCGAUUAUACUAACUUCAUCAUACGGUGCUGGAGCGUAUUGGCCAAUAUAUUUAACCCAUUGGGGUCUUGUGUUUAUAACAGUAGCAUGUGGCUUUGGAUGUGCAAUAUGCUAUACGGCGUACACCCAAGGAUCGAUCGAUGACGCUUUUGAGCUGCCAUGGUACGUCAAGGUUUAUUGGGUUUCGUAUAAUAUAGCGAUUCCAUUAGCGUUCUUCAUCACCAUUUUCUAUUGGGUGUUCUUGGCUAACGCAACUCAAGACUUCGCCGUUAACUUUGUUCUGGACAUCUUCAUUCACGCCGUGAACAGUGUCCUAGUGCUAAUUCUUCUGCUCACUGCUCGUCAUCCCACCAACGCACUGCACUUCUACUUCCUCAUCGUGUUGUCCGUUAUCUAUAUUAUAUUUACCGUAAUAUAUUAUGUUGGUGGAGGCACUGAUCCGUUCGGAAACGUGUUCAUUUAUCCGGUUUUGGAUUGGUCGAAUCCGGGGCCGUCGGUUGUAAUGAUGAUUAUUUCAAUUGUUAUGGUCACUAUAAUACAUUUCAUCACAGUAUUGCUCACUCUCGCAAGAGAUGCCCUCGGCCGAUCUUGCCAAAAUAACAAUGAAUUCAGCCUCGCCUAUUGAUAUACUCUUAUAAUAUUCACAUUAGUA